AUGAGGACUACCACCUUUCUCCAAGCAACGCUCUUCGCUCUCUCCUCAUUAGCACAAGACGACAGUCCCAGUCUGCCAACGAUCGGUACCCUGAAACCAGGCAUCGGAAACACGCCAGAAGCACUCCAAGUGAGCGAGAAUGUCGGCCGGUAUCCGGAUGAUACAGAAUUGGUUACUUUUUCACGCACGUACAAUGGCACACAAGAGGAAUGGUCAUGGCGGAUCAACGUUACCAACGUCCCUGUGCCGAACGAAAUCAACCAACUGGGUAUGAAGGGGGCGGAUUCGUCCGAAGGUCACCAAGUCGUCAAUGUGCAGUGGCAGUUGGGAUGGCCUAACGACAAGAACACCAGUUUGCAGCAGUACCUUGUCGAGAAGAAUAUGAAGGCAUCGUUCGGCGCUAUGAUAUCGAACAAACCCAUCAACAUUACGAAGAAGUACGAAAACGACGACAAUGGGGAUUGCAUGCCCCUGCUGGGUGAACAGUGUGUACAGUCGCUCACAGAGUCUGCGUCAAAAGGCGAUGAUAUUCAAUUCCAAGGGCUUGAGGGCUGCGCAGAUUCCCUAGAACUCCAAGGCGACGGUGAAGUGCAGAGCGGUACCUCAUGGGUCAUUGACCCCGCAGGCCAUAUGUAUUCGAACAGCUCCGACACCAGCACGUUGUUGUAUCACAACGACACUUUGCUCUAUCGGACCUCAGACAUCGCGCCAAACUCGACUCAACAUGCUCAAGCUCUGAGGGCCGUACAGAUCUUUGUCAUGGGUUUCAAGUAUGCAGAUGGAUUACCAGAUGGUACGAGUAACGCUACUGUGUUGUGCCGGAUCGUAAACCGGUCCACUUAUGGCGCACUGGAGACACCUCCGAGGAGUGACGCCAUUACGACCUUGCGUCUGUCUAUGGGUAUAGUCUGGGGUAGCGUCAUUCUGAGCACUUUGGUUUCCAUGUGGCAAUAA